GCAAGCACGAAGAAAGGCAGGACGAACAUGGCUACAUCUCCCGGGGCUUUAACCGGAAAUACACGCUGCCUCCCGGUGUGGACCCCACCCUGGUGUCCUCUUCCCUGUCCCCUGAGGUCCCGCUUACCGUGGGGGCUCCGCUGCCCAAAACAGCCACACAAUCCGCGGAGAUCACCAUUCCGGUCACUUUCGAGGCCCGCGCCCAAAUUGGGGGCCAGGAAGCUGGGAAGUCGGAACAGUCUGGAGCCAAGUAGAAGCCAUCAGCCUGCUGCAUCCCCAACAGCCAUCACUCGCCACCCCUCUCUAUCAGUCUUUAUGCUCUUUUGAUACAUGUACUUUCUGUUUUUCUCAAAUAAAAGUUGGAAGCU